AUGGGCCAACCUCCUAUUCCACCCACUCCAAGUGAGGUCAAUGUCGGUGGUAAGACGGUCAUAAUCACCGGCGGCAAUGCUGGUUUGGGCUACGAGGCCGCCAGACAAUACCUUACACUGGGUGCCUCUCGCGUGAUUCUGGCGUGUCGUUCCAUUGCUCGAGGAAAAGACGCCGUAGCAUCGCUCCGAGCUGACCCUACCGUCAAAACGUCCAAUCCCGACGCCUUGAUCGAAGUGUUCGAACUCGACCUCGACGACUACCAAUCUGGACUUCGAUUUGCUAAGAAGGUGAAGGAUGAGGUCAAGGAACUUGAUAUCCUCUUGAACAAUGGUGGACAGGUCUUUUUAGGGUAUGAGAAAAGCAAGAGUAACCAUGAGCGGAACAUGCAAGUGAACUGCUACACCCACCUUCUCAUUUGUCUUGAGCUGUUCCCGCUCUUGCGAUCUACCGCCGCGAUUAAGCAAAAUACUCUAUCCAAAAAACCUAUAGCGCCUGACAGCUCGGUACUCAGCCACUUUGAUGAUGAAGCUACUUUUAGCAAAUUCUUUCGUUACGCUGAUACCAAAACUGUUGUCAAUGCUUAUGUUCGCCGCCUGGCUGCAUUGGCGCCCUCCGAAGUCAUCGUCAACAACCCAUGUCCUGGCCUUGUGCAAACGGGGCUGGAUAAAAAUCUUCCAUUCUACCUGAGGAUCCCAAUGGGGCUCGUACGCAAGUCUAUGGCUCGUACAGUGGAAGAGGGAGCGCGAACGUUGAUCUUUGCAAGCGUCGUUGCGGGACCUGAAACCAAUGGCAAGUUUAUGCAGCAUAACAAAGUCGACCCAGGCGCUGCUUUUCUCAAUACUCCCGAGGGAGAAGAGUUUAUUGGCAGAUUAUGGAGGGAGUCGGUGGAAGACAUUGCCGCCUUGGAUCUCGCACUUAGUGUCUACGCUUAA